GGGUGGGGGGGAUUGACCGGGUCCGCUUAAAGGGGGAGGCUCCGGGAGGUUUUCUCUUCUCCCGGCGGCGGGGAGCGGGGCUGAGCGGCGCCGGGGCAGGGAAGCGGCCGGAGGGAGCCCCCGGCAGCGCCGAUAAAUGGGGCGGGGGGGCCAGGGCAGGCGGCGGCGGCCCGGCGCUGGCGAGGAGCGACGGAGCGCGCUGCAAUGGCAGGAGCGGGGCUCGGCGGGAUCCCGCUGAGGAGGAGGAGGAGGAGGAGGAGGAGGAAGAGCAGCGGCGGCGGCGGCGGCGGCGGCGCUCCCCGAGGCGGGAUGCGGCCAGCGUGGGUCGGUGGCUGCGCAGCCCCCGCAGGUUGGAGGAGGGUUUAAAAGGCAGGUGUGCCGGAGGCCGCUCGCCAUGUCCAGAUCCGGGGACAGGACCUCCACCUUCGACCCCAGCCACAGCGACAACCUGCUGCACGGCCUCAACCUGCUGUGGAGGAAGCAGCUCUUCUGCGACGUGACCCUGACGGCCCAGGGCCAGCAGUUCCACUGCCACAAGGCCGUGCUGGCCUCCUGCUCCCAGUACUUCCGAUCCCUCUUCUCCAGCGGCGGCGGGACCGGCGGCCACCCGCACGCCCUGGGGCUAGGGCCCGGCGCCCAGGACGGGCUCGGGGGUCCGCCGAAGGAGCCGCCGCCGCAGCCGCAGGAGGAGCCCGGCACCCCGUCGUCCUCCCCCGAGGACAAGCUGCUGGCCAGCCCGCGGGCCAUCAACAACCUGGUGCUGCAGGGCUGCUCGUCCAUCGGGCUGCGGCUGGUGCUGGAGUACCUGUACACGGCCAACGUGACCCUGUCGCUGGACACGGUGGAGGAGGUGCUGUCGGUCAGCAAGAUCCUGCACAUCCCGCAGGUCACCAAGCUGUGCGUGCAGUUCCUCAACGACCAGAUCUCGGUGCAGAACUACAAGCAGGUGUGCAAGAUCGCCGCCCUGCACGGCCUGGAGGAGACCAAGAAGCUGGCCAACAAGUACCUGGUGGAGGACGUGCUGCUGCUCAACUUCGAGGAGAUGCGCGCCCUGCUCGACUCGCUGCCCCCCCCCGUCGAGUCGGAGCUGGCGCUCUUCCAGAUGUCCGUGCUGUGGCUGGAGCACGACCGGGAGACCCGCAUGCAGUACGCCCCGGACCUGAUGAAGCGCCUCCGCUUCGCCCUCAUCCCCGCGCCGGAGCUGGUGGAGCGGGUCCAGUCGGUGGACUUCAUGCGCACCGACCCCGUCUGCCAGAAGCUGCUGCUGGACGCCAUGAACUACCACCUGAUGCCCUUCAGGCAGCACUGCCGGCAGAGCCUGGCCAGCAGAAUUCGUUCCAAUAAGAAAAUGCUGUUAUUGGUUGGAGGAUUGCCUCCCGGACCUGACCGGCUACCCAGCAAUUUGGUUCAGUAUUAUGAUGAUGAAAAGAAGACGUGGAAAAUACUGACAAUUAUGCCAUACAACAGUGCCCAUCAUUGUGUUGUGGAAGUGGAAAACUUCUUGUUUGUGCUUGGAGGAGAAGACCAAUGGAACCCUAAUGGAAAACACAGUACAAACUUUGUUAGCCGAUACGAUCCCAGGUUUAACAGCUGGAUACAACUUCCACCCAUGCAAGAGAGGAGAGCAAGUUUCUAUGCCUGCCGCCUGGACAAGAACUUAUAUGUAAUUGGUGGACGAAAUGAAACUGGCUAUUUGUCCAGUGUGGAAUGCUAUAACCUGGAGACAAAUGAAUGGCGUUACGUGUCUUCCUUACCACAACCUUUGGCAGCCCAUGCAGGAGCUGUUCACAAUGGCAAGAUAUACAUUUCAGGAGGUGUUCAUAAUGGAGAGUAUGUUCCCUGGCUGUACUGCUAUGACCCUGUGAUGGACGUCUGGGCCCGAAAACAGGACAUGAACACAAAGCGAGCAAUCCACACUUUGGCUGUGAUGAAUGAUCGACUGUAUGCAAUUGGAGGAAACCAUUUGAAAGGUUUCUCUCAUCUCGACGUAAUGCUUGUGGAAUGCUACGAUCCAAAAGGCGACCAGUGGAAUAUACUCCAGACUCCUAUUCUGGAGGGCCGCAGUGGCCCUGGCUGCGCAGUCCUUGAUGACAGUAUUUACCUUGUAGGAGGCUACAGCUGGAGUAUGGGGGCCUACAAAUCUUCCACUAUUUGCUAUAGUCCUGAGAAAGGGACUUGGACAGAACUAGAAGGAGAUGUUGCUGAGCCACUUGCAGGUCCCGCUUGUUCAACUGUCAUACUGCCAGCCUGCGUACCGUACAACAAGUGAUAGUCAAGGAGCACUGACAUGAACACUGAUAGCAUUUGGGAAAAUAAUGACGGGUGACGUAAAUAUUUUAUUAGAACAGGAUUCCUGUUAAAACAAAGCUACCAUAAUUGACCCCUUAGCCCAUACUUAUGCUUUAGGAGCAAAGUAAAAGAACAAAAACGAAGUGUUGUCCCAUCUCAGAUAGAUGCCGGUGUCUUAUGAAGCAAGUAGCUAAAACACACCGAAUAUUACAUGCUGACAGACUGCCAUUUCAGACUGAUUUUAACUUUUUCCUGCUGCAGAAAGAUUCCUCACAUCAAAUUUAACUUCAAAAAAAAUGAAGGCUACAUGUUCAAACGCAGCCUGAAGAGACAAGAUCAGUAUUGUGCAUUGUAUCUACCUGCAUGUGAUCUGUGUUGAAGUCAUGAGGAUGUUGUUGUCAUGAAUGCUUCAGAAUUCAGAUAGUGAAAAGCUCGCUCUGCAUUGCAGAAUUGUCUCCUCCUCUGUAAUCCUAACCUACAGCUACUUCACAUGCUCUGCAAGCAACCCAAGAUCAGAAGAUGGUAAAAGGUAAAGAAAUACCAUUCAGUUUUUGCACAGCUUGGCAUCUAAUACACUCCGCCUUCAAAGUCCCACACAUGUAAGUGUAGCAAAGAGUGGACUACAACGAAAUCCAUGUUUCACAGAGCACUUCUUGCAAUAGCAGUUUGGGGAUUAGGAUCAAAUUCUUCUAGUCACACUUAUGUAAUGUCAUAGUAGUUUCACCAAAAUUUGGUCCUACACCAUAAAUUCUGGGUUCCUACAGUAAGUUAUUUGUAUGACCAUUUAAUGAAGCACCAGAACCCUUCCUUACUUUUCACUCACCUGUUAGGUAGAGGCAUAUGUGCUAGUUGCUUCCAAAGACAAGAAGGCUGCACUUAACUGUAAAUCUAUUACUUUGGACUCUUAAAGGAUUGCACAGAAUUUUGGAGAGACACUAAGAAGUAGUUAAAGUGCUCCUGUGUGAUUGAUCUUAAAAUGUAGUGUGAAAGAUUUUUAAUACUGAUCCAAAGUAAUACGAGGCUAGACUUUCCACUGCCUUACAGCUUGUGUAAUUAUUUACACAAUGCAAAGUGAGUUCAGAAUGCUACCAGGUGGGACCGAUUGCAUUUAGGAUUCGCUUUAUGAGCUCAUAGUUGCUUGCACAAAUCAGGCUGUCCAUGUUUUAAGCUUACGUCUUUCUGUGCUGGCAUUGCAGAAGCAGUGACAAAAUCUGAAGCCUGAUUCAUCACCACCUUGUAUUUAACAUAGUCGUCUACACUCCAGCAAAGUAUAUGCAGAAUUCUUCCAUUGUGGUUUCCUUGUGCUGCAUUCAUUACCCUCAGGACCAUCUUUUUUUGCUGGAGUCAUUGCUCCAUUGAAGCCAACGAGCUUCAGUGUACUUCUGGCUUAUGUCAGCUAAGAGUCAGGCCUUUAAUUUGCUUAGUUGUAACUGGCUGCACCAGGUAAAAGGCACGGCAGAAUCAGAGCCUGCAUUUUCAAGCUUGCGCAUAUCUUUUAUGAUAGGACUUAAUGCUAGUGCAUUAAGCAAGGAGCAGAAGACUACUGGAGGUUGGUUUCUACUGCAGAGGCAAUAGAUGGGAGGAAGAAUUCAUUAUUUGCUUUGCAAAAUAGAAAGAGGACGAAUGUACUCAGAAAUUACACUAUAUAUUGAAGCUUGAGAGCAAUAUAAAUAAUGGAGAGCAAAUACCAUGGGACUGUUUCUCCCUGGCAUCAGUCCAGUUUUAUUGCAGUACAAGUCCUGUGCUUGCAGCAGAAUUACACAGUUAUAAAAUUGGAGUAAUGCAGUAAAGACUGAUACCAUACAAAUGCAAUAAACCAAUUGAUGGGGUAGCUGCACGCUUGGAAAAAAAAAAUGUUUUUAAAAAAUAAUCAUCUGAAGAUGCUAAUAUUUGAAUGUGUCGUUGGGGAGUUUUCCAGUGAGCAUCACUAAGGAACUCAUAAAGGUGGAGUGUAUAUCCUGAAAUCUCAAUCCAUUUCUACUAUAUAGUGCAAUCUUAGUUGGUUUUGUAUUUAUUUAUAUUGUUCAGAUCCAAGGGAUCCCUUGUAAAAUAUAUUUGGUGCAAUCAUGACUUUUUUUUUCCUGUUGAAAGUAUAUAAAUAUAAAUAUAUAUAAAAAGGAAACUGUUAAGAUACUAAAUGAGGAAACUUCGACUGACAUUUAAGAUCAGGAUAAGGUCUGCCAUUGAACACUGUCACUCGUCUCUACUAAAACGUACCAUUUUUAAAGGAUAUUUGUUGUCCUUUUAAGUGGUUCUUUUUUUUACCAAGAUAAUUUAAAGAUUUAUGAGGACUGUAUGUAAAUCUUUCUAUCUUUCAGGAAGGCAUGACCAAGGAAAGUGCAAACUGAAUAAGUCACACAAAGAAUGUAAAUUUUGUACAGUAUUAGGCUGUGUAAAUGAAGCUUGCUCGUAGGGGGAAAACUUUAAAUAAAACUUUAUGUACUAAUUCAACUGUCUGCCAUAUUCCUACUUACAAAGUGUAUGUAUAAAUAAUAUCUACAUUAAAUUCUUUGGAACUUUUUUUAUCAUG